AUUCUUUUACAUUUUUCAUCUCCUUCAAUCUCAGCGGCCAAAGCAGUGAGAAUUAGGGGUGGCGCCGACAGAGAUUGAGAGACAAGUUAGAGAUGUGUGGAAUUGCUUUGAUUAUUUUGGGCAUUCGGUUUGACCUUGACCAUUCCACAUCUCACUCUCUUAACUCUCAUCAAUUGCAGCAACUGGGUUUUGAUAUUGAUGAUCUUGAAGCCGCUUUACGUAGGAGAGGUCCUGAUAGCCUGGGUACCCGGAAGCUCUUUCUUCAACAAAGGAUUUCGUCUUCGGAAAACCCUGAAAUCGUAUCUUUUAUUGACGGAGAAGAGCAGUGUGGGGACGACGAAGGAUUUAGCUUUGACUUGGCUAAUGGUCGAACGGAGAAGCAGCAAAGUGGUUUCACAGUUGGGCACGAUUCUUUUGCAGAGUUACACUUCUUUGGUGCCACUUUGCAACUCAGGGGAGUAAGUCCCAUCGUUCAGCCCUUGAUAGAUUCAUCUGGAAAUAUCCUCGUUUACAACGGUGAGAUAUUUGGUGGGGUGCACAUUGGUAGCGACGAGAAUGAUGCGGCAGUUCUAAUGCAAGCUUUGGAGAAAUGCUGCUCCUGCAAUACCCAUUUGGAUAAAAAAGUAUGCUAUUGCGAUCAAAGGGGGAAAUCUUCUGUCAAAGACGUUCUAUCAACAAUUAGGGGACCUUGGGCUCUUAUCUACUGGCAGGAUAGUUCAAGGACUCUGUGGUUUGGUCGAGAUGCAUUUGGUAGACGGAGUCUGCUUGUUCACUGGCCGACAGUGGAGGAUUCUCGGUUUAUGCUUUCUUCUGUGUCACCCCUUUCUUCUGCUGAAAAGAAUUCUGAUUUAGACAUUGACCAUGGGACUACUAGUCUUAGAUUCUGGGAAGAACUUCCAUGCGGUAUCUAUAGCUUGAGUGUAGAUGCUUCCAAUAUUGACAGUUGCCUGGUUGCUGAAGUUAAAAAGCACGAAUGGACUGAUGCACUACUCGAGCAGUUGAUAAAAUGGGAGAGAACAUGUGUUGAACCUGUACCUAUGGAGCCACAUACUUCUCAUUGUAAGACUGUUGUGAUGCAAGAUAGCAAGCAUUCAGCCUACUCAAAUAUAUUUCCACCUGAAUCAGGACCUAUACAAGUUUCAAUUUCGGUUCCAGCAGAGACUGUGCUUUGUUCUUUAAGAGAAUCAGUUAGGAGACGUUCUUCUUUGCACACAAUAUUUCAGUCAGAACCGUGUGGUGUAGAAAAGCAACUCAUUCCAGUGGCUGUUCUCUUCUCUGGUGGAUUAGAUUCCAUGAUACUUGCAGCAUUGUUGAAUGAGUGCUUAGAUCCUAGAUAUGAGAUUGACUUACUUAAUGUGAGUUUUGAUGGGGAGUCUGCACCUGAUAGGAUUUCUGCUAAGGCUGGGGUAGCCGAAUUAAGAAGAAUUGCACCUUCAAGAAAGUGGAAACUUGUCGAGAUUGAUUCUGAUUUGUCAACCUUGACCUUCGAAACAAAGCAUGUUAUGUCUCUCAUAAGUCCUUCGAACACAUUCAUGGAUCUGAAUAUUGGAAUAGCUUUAUGGCUAGCUGCUGGUGGUGAUGGAUGGAUGCAUGAGAAUUAUGAACGUGUUAGAUACAGGUCGAAAGCUAGGAUUCUCCUAGUUGGUUCAGGUGCUGAUGAGCAAUGUGCUGGCUAUGGGAGGCACAGAACAAAAUAUAGAAAUGGAAGUUGGCUUGGACUAAAUGAGGAAAUGAAGUUGGAUAUGCAGAGAAUUUGGAAAAGAAACCUAGGAAGAGAUGAUAGAUGCAUUGCUGAUAAUGGCAAGGAGGCAAGGUUUCCUUUCUUGGAUGAAGAUGUCAUAAAAGUUUUACUGGAUAUCCCUCUUUGGGAAGUUACUGACCUGAAUCAACCUAGCGGGGUUGGUGAUAAGAAGAUUUUGAGAGAGGUUGCACAACUGCUUGGAUUACACGAAGCUUCAUCUCUGCCUAAAAGAGCCAUUCAGUUUGGUACAAGAAUUGCAAGGGAAUCAAAUCGAAAGAACUUUGGAAGUAACCGUGCAGCAAACCAAGCAUCUGCAGGUAGUGUAGUGAUUCAUGCGAAAACUGUAUUGAAUUAAUUCCAUCCUAUGGUGAAUCAAAUUCAACAGAUUUCUCGCGUAAAAAAAAAAAAAUUCAACAGAUUUCUUUCCUUUUCUGUUCAUCAUUUUGCUCAAUUUGGGGCAAUUUUUGUUACGCCUUUGGCUAUGGGUGGUGAGGACAGGUGUUUGCCAAAGUGGAUGACCUGCAGCUGCUUGUUUUGUAAUGAACCUGGUCUGUCUUCAAGUUUUGAUCCAGUGUUUGAUUGGCAAAGCUUUGUUUUCCACCACAAGCUUGUUUUACAUUAGUGAGAAAUUAGUGUCACUAGACAUUGUGCUGGUAAUAAAUUUUUACACCAAAUGGGUAUUUUGCAAUUUUUGACAUUA